GUUUUAUUUUAAAAAGAUAAUCUUAUUUGGAAAUUCAAUGUUGUUUCCUUUCUUAAAAGAUAUCAAAUAUCAAAUAAUCAAACACUAUUGGUUGGUGAACCUAGAGGUUCACCCUAGGGGGUGAACCCAAGAAUUACUCCAAUUCAAAACUAACACAAAUCAGGAAACGGAAGUAAAUGCAAGCAAGUGGAUGUUUAUAAGAUAAUGCGUUACUAGUAACCAAAAAUAAUGAUAACACGGAACGAGUGACAAUAUGUACAGUGAGAGGUGAGGUUUUGUGAUAACAUAAUGAUAGUAACCAAUAAUAAUGAUAACAUGAGUAAGUUGAGAACUUACGGCGCAUGUUAGCAAGUAAGGUAAAUGGGGCUUGUUCAGUGUAAGAAUGAUUAUAGAAAUCAAGUUGUGCUGCACAUUUGGAAGGUGACAUCCACUUAUCAAAAGUCAUUUCGGCUCCUUUUGUGGUGAUGGUUCUAGUGGCUCCACUUCUAGAUAUAGACAAGCCUCCCCUAAAAACCCUUUGUCUUUUUGUAAAUUUCAAACUAUAUUACUUUGUAAAUGGUUUGUAACAGUGGAAACAAGUAUGUUUAAAUGUUUACCAAAGUAUAGAUAUGGUUGGUGUAAUGGACUUGCACACAAAAUGUUUAACAAUAAAACAAAUCAAUUAUGAGAGCACCACCCGGCAUCCGACCACACCCCACCAGAUACUAGUGGCCUACCAAGUUAAUGGCAAUUUUCGUAAAUACAAGGGCAUUUACGUAUCCCUAAACUCUAUAAAUAUACAAAGACAAAUCUCCAAAACUCCACACAAAUCUCCAAAAGCAUUAUUUACACAGAAGAGAUCACAAAGUUAGGGAAAAUAAAUUAUAAAGAUGGGCAAUUGUAUAGUAGUGGAGAAGAAAGUGAUAAAGAUUAUGAAAAAUGACGGAGAAGUAGUUGAAUACAGAGGUCCCAUGCAUGUUGAUGACAUCCUCACCCAAUUCUCUGGUCACUACUCUCUCUUUGAUUCUCUGUCCAACAAUUGUCAGCUUCAUCCAUGUUAUGAUCUGUGACAUCCAACAGAUUAUUAUUCACAUUAAGCGGUAAACCGGAGUGGUUAAGUUUAAUGUGAUUGGUACAAGAAGCGAGUGGUGAUAACCGGGAAAGGUUAUUGAGAAUCAGUUGGUUCAGAGUGUACCGGUCUUGGUCUACUUAAGAGAUUAAGAAAGGUGGAGCUUAUCAUCCGUAACAGAAAGGAGAGAUCAGAGAGAGAAGAAGCUGAAGAUCAUCUAGAGCUAGAGUUGUAUCUUGAUUCUUAGCUUAGAGAGCUGAUCUUUGUAUUCUCUUGAGUUGACUGUUUCUAGUGGAGUGUUGCUUGUGCCGUCAAGCCCCAGAUGUACCGGAUCCAUAUCGGAUCCCGAACUGGGUAACCAAAGCUGUGUGUGUGUAUCUUUUCUUUGUGUUCAUACGAACGAGUGAUCGGUGAGCUGAGAGUAGGAGAUUAGAUACAUACGAGUGUGCAAACGACGAAGCGGAUCUUUAGGAACUUAGAUUGAUUCAUCACAAAGUGGUAUCAGAGCCAGGUUCGUGGUCGCGAUGAAGGAAUCAAUGGCGAAGGUCAAGAUUGCAUGUUUCGAUGGAAAAGGCGAUUUCUCGAUGUGGAAGAAACGGAUGUUAGCUCAUCUAUCGAUUCUUGGUUUGAAGGACGCGUUGACUGAAGCUCCGUCAACAUCAGAUUCUGGGAUUGAGAUCAAGAAAGACGAAGUAGAUGAAGACUUCAAGGAAAGGAUCAAGAAGCAUCAGCUUGAGAAGCUAGAGAACGCCGAGAAGGCGAUGAACAUGAUCAUCUUAAACCUCGGUGAUCAUGUGCUGCGGAAGCUUGAGGAUUGUACAACGGCUGCAUCCAUAUGGUCUACACUGGAAAGGUUGUAUAAUUCUAAAACUCUACCUAAUAGAAUUCAUCUACAGCAUAAGUUCUAUACAUUCAAGAUGAUUGAGACAAAAUCGAUUGAUGAGAACAUAGAUGAUUUCUUGAAAUUAGUUUCCGGGUUAAGCAGUGUAAAUGUUUCUGUUUCAGAGGAGGUGCAAGCUAUUUUGCUGCUGAGUUCACUGCCGUCACAAUACAAUCAGCUGAAGGAGACCCUGAAGUAUGGUAGAGAUACGUUGACAAUUGAGGAUGUCACAAAUGCGGCGAAGUCUAAGGAACUGGAGUUGAAGGAAGUAAAGGACUCCAACCUUACACAGAGGUCAGGUGAAGCGUAUGUGACCCGAGGAAGGCAAGAAAAAAGGGAGUUCUUCAGGGGCAGGAACUCGAACAACAAGUCCAGAUCGAGGUCAAGAUCGAAGCUGACUUGUUGGUACUGUAAGAAGGAAGGUCACGUGAAGAAAGAUUGCUACGCUAGGAAGAAACGAAUGGAGAAUGAAGACGAUGGGGAAGCAGCAGUUAUGGUUGAUAAACUGCAGGAGAUUGAUGCACUCGCAAUCACUGAUCAAGACCCGAAAGAUAAUUGGGUGAUAGAUUCUGGGUGCUCUUACCAUAUGACGUCCAGGCGAGAAUGGUUCAGUGAAUUCAGAGAAGUCACUGGUGGACAAGUUCUGCUUGCAGAUGACAGAGCAGUAUCAGUUCAAGGAAUUGGUACCAUCCGCAUAAAGACAGAAGGAGGAACGGUCAAUCGUCUCUCUAGUGUGAGGUAUGUUCCUAACCUUAAGAGGAACCUUAUCUCUGUAAGUUCACUUGAUGUGCAGGGAUUCAAGCAAGAAGGUGGUGGAGGGAAGACUCGGUUCUAUAAGAACGACAAGAUAGCGCUACAGGGCACGCUGUGUGGGAGUCUAUACCUGUUAGAUGGAGGCACAGUAUCACCAUCAGCAUAUGCAGCCGUUUCAAAUGACGAUACGGCGCUGUGGCACAGCCGUCUUGCACACACAAGUAUGAAGAACAUCAAAGUAUUAGUGGAGAAGGGAAUACUAGAGAAGAAGAAGAUAAGUGACAUGGAGUUCUGCGAGAGCUGUGUCAUGGGAAAGAAUAAGAGGCUCAGUUUCAACGUAGGUAAGUACAACACCAAUGAGGUGCUCAGGUACGUACAUGCUGAUCUUUGGGGCUCUCCUAAUGUUCAUCUAUCGAUCUCUAGAAAACAGUACUUCCUGUCUAUCAUAGAUGAUUAUACUAGGAAGGUCUGGAUUUAUUUUCUAGCUACUAAGGAUGAAGCAUUUAGUAAAUUUUGUGAAUGGAAAGCUUUAGUGGAAAACCAAGUGAACCAGAAAGUUAAAUGUCUUAGAACUGAUAAUGGUUUAGAGUUCUGUAACAUUGCAUUUGAUAAUUUCUGUAAAUUGCAUGGUAUUGAGAGGCAUAGGACUUGUUCAUACACUCCGCAACAGAAUGGUGUUGCAGAGCGUAUGAACAGGACUAUCAUGGAGAAAGUUCGUUGUCUUUUGAGUGAAUCAGGUCUUGAGGAAAGGUUUUGGGCCGAGGCAGCAGCGACGUCUGUCUACAUUAUAAACAGGACUCCCUCUGCUGCAAACGACUUCAACAUACCGGAAGAAUUGUGGCUUGGUAAAGUUCCAGGGUAUAGGCAUCUCAGGAGAUUCGGAGCUGUGGUCUAUGUUCAUGCAGAUCAGGGGAAGCUCAAGCCAAGAGCACUGAGAGGGGUCUUUAUUGGCUACCCUACUGGAGUUAAAGGCUACAAGGUCUGGUUACUGGAAGCGAAGAAGGUAGUGAUCAGCAGAAAUGCGGUGUUUAGAGAGGAGCUCAUGUACAAGAAUAUAGAUCAAGAUCGUGGAGAGACAGUGAGGUCUAUGCAAUCAGAAUCUGGUGGGUCUGUGGAGAGUUCAGUUGAGGUUGGUGGAAGCUCAGAGACACAAUCAGAAGGUCAGAUAGAAGGUGGAGUAGAUCAACAAGGAGACGGAACAGAUCAACCAGAAUCAGAGACAACUAACAAUACUGAAGAAGGAGUAGAAGAUUUGAGCGAUUAUCAACUUGCGAGAGAUCGAAUUCGUCGACAAAUUGUCAAGCCGACAAGAUUCACUGAAGAAUCAGAGGUAGCGUUUGCUUUGUCAGUAUCAGAAGAAAUAGACUGUGAAGAACCUAGGAGUUAUGAUGAGGCUAUGAGAAGCAAAGACGCGAAGAAGUGGAAUGCUGGGAUGGAUGAUGAGAUGUGUUCUCUGGAUAAGAACAAGACUUGGAAUUUGGUGGAUUUACCAAAAGGGAAAAGAGCUAUAGGCUGUAAAUGGAUUUACAAAUACAAGCCGGGAAUACCUGGAGUUGAAGAUCCAAGGUAUAAAUCAAGAUUGGUUGCUAAAGGUUAUUCCCAAAAGGAGGGAAUUGAUUAUCAAGAAAUCUUCUCGCCGGUGGUGAAGCAUGUAUCUAUCAGGCUCAUGCUAUCUAUGGUGGUUGAUAAGGACUUGGAGUUAGAGCAGUUAGACGUGAAGACGGCGUUUCUGCAUGGUGAGAUAGAAGAAGAUAUCUACAUGGAACAGCCGCAGGGUUAUGAGGUCGUUGGGAAAAAGGAUAAAGUCUGCAAGUUGGUGAAGUCUUUGUAUGGGCUUAAACAGGCUCCACGUCAGUGGAACAAAUGCUUUGAUCAAUGCAUGAUCAAGCAUGGCUUCAACAAAAGUGAAUUCGACCUGUGUGUUUACUACAAGAAGCUGAGGGAGGACGAGUAUAUCUACUUGCUAUUGUAUGUGGAUGACAUGUUAUUAGUGUCGAAGGAGGUGACUGAGAUUAAUAAAGUCAAGAAGAUGUUGAGUAGUGAAUUUGACAUGAAGGACUUGGGUCCUGCAAGUAGAAUCUUGGGAAUGGAUAUAGAGAGAGACAGAGCAGGUGGAGUCUUGCAAUUGUCUCAAUCAAAAUACAUCAAGAAAGUUCUACAAGUUUUUCGCAUGGAUAAGGCACACUCAGUGUCAACACCGCUGGGUGCUCAUUUCAAGUUGGUUGCGGUUAAGGAAGAUGAUCACAGUGUUGGUACAGAAGAGGAAUAUCCUUACUCAAACGCGGUGGGAAGCAUUAUGUAUGCAAUGAUAGGCACAAGGCCUGAUUUGGCGUUCGCGGUUGGAGUGGUGAGUAGAUUCAUGAGCCGUCCAGACUCCACACAUUGGUCUGCGGUUCAAUGGGUUCUACGAUACUUAGUGAAGACUCAAGAUGUCGGGUUAGUGUUCAAGAAACAGAGUAAUGGCAGAAGCUUCAAGGUUGAAGGUUAUUCAGAUUCAGAUUUUGGUGGUGAUCUUGAUAAGAGAAGGUCAACAACCGGGUAUGUGUUCAAGGUAGGAGGUAACACGGUCAGUUGGAAGUCAGGACUACAACAAGUGGUAGCUCUAUCAACGACGGAAGCUGAAUAUAUAUCAUUGGUGGAAGCGAUUAAAGAAGGUCUGUGGCUAAGAGGGUUAACAGAAGAACUUGGGUAUCAGCAGGAAGAAGUUAGCGUGGGGUGUGAUUCUCAGAGUGCAAUUUGUCUUGCAAAGAACAAUGUCUUUCAUGACAGAACGAAGCACGUUGUGGUUUCAAAGCACGUUGCUUUGAAGAUGAGUUUCGUGAGGGAGAUGGUUGAUAUUGGGGAAGUUAAGAUUCAGAAGGUGUCAACUAAGAAGAAUCCUGCAGAUAUGUUGACAAAAGUGAUUCCGUGUUUGAAGUUUGAACAAGCUCUUGAAGAGCUUGGAGUAGCCAAGUGCUAGGAGAUUGGCUAUGCUUGACGGUAUAAGGGAUGAGCUCAGGUCUGUUGAUGUCAAGGUGGAGAUUUGUUAUGAUCUGUGACAUCCAACAGAUUAUUAUUCACAUUAAGCGGUAAACCGGAGUGGUUAAGUUUAAUGUGAUUGGUACAAGAAGCGAGUGGUGAUAACCGGGAAAGGUUAUUGAGAAUCAGUUGGUUCAGAGUGUACCGGUCUUGGUCUACUUAAGAGAUUAAGAAAGGUGGAGCUUAUCAUCCGUAACAGAAAGGAGAGAUCAGAGAGAGAAGAAGCUGAAGAUCAUCUAGAGCUAGAGUUGUAUCUUGAUUCUUAGCUUAGAGAGCUGAUCUUUGUAUUCUCUUGAGUUGACUGUUUCUAGUGGAGUGUUGCUUGUGCCGUCAAGCCCCAGAUGUACCGGAUCCAUAUCGGAUCCCGAACUGGGUAACCAAAGCUGUGUGUGUAUAUCUUUUCUUUGUGUUCAUACGAACGAGUGAUCGGUGAGCUGAGAGUAGGAGAUUAGAUACAUACGAGUGUGCAAACGACGAAGCGGAUCUUUAGGAACUUAGAUUGAUUCAUCACAAUCCACAAGUUAAGCUUCUCUGUGGCCGUCUCUACUAUCUCAUGCCAAAGCAGAAUACCACAGUCAAGCAUAAGAAGACAAAGAAGAACGUCAGGUUUGCAAAUCCAGAGGUAGAGAAAAAAGGAGAUGGAUUAACAGAUUGUGGUGACAACAUCAAGGAGAAGAGUCUUGGUGUUGUGAGAGUGAAGAUGGUUGUGAGUAAGCAAGAGCUCGAGAAGCUGAUUCAAGGAGGUUCAGUUCACGAAAUGGUCUAUAGAAGUCUUGCUAAGCAACAUCUGUGCCUGUGUGCCAUGAUGAUGAUGCUGCUGAUGAGGGUCUUAGAGGCUGGAGACCUUUGUUAGAUAGUAUUCCUGAAACUCAUUAGCCUAUUACAUGUCCACAUAUAUAUAUGACACAUACAUAGAUAUACAUAGAGAUUCCUUGACUGCUGAUGUCCUAACCCUUAUGAUAUUAGAGAUUGAAUCUUCUUAUUUCGGAACGUGAUUAAAUCCAACCAAAUAGCUUAUUUUAGUAUGA